GUGUGAGAGCUCUAAUGCAACACCUGGUUUUAGAAGAAGUGAGCGAGUUCCAACCCGGCGUCACCGCGGGUCGGGUUUCCAUGGCAACCGCGACAACAAACGCGUCUAAGUAGCUGGUUCGAAGAGCUUAACGCUGGUAUUAGCUUGUGGUUGAAUUAAAGCCACUGUUUAAUUGUUUAACAAAAGUUCUUGAUGCCUGUUCGACAUGUCUGAUGCGGAGGAUGGAUUUUUGUCGGAUGUAGAGACGGAACCUCAGCAAAAAGUCGAAGGCGAUGAGGAGCUCUGCCAGCUGACCCAAGAGGUCAUAGGUCAAGGGCUCUCCUUACUGUGCCGAACAGGAAAUGGGCUCGGACAUGCGUAUGUCAAACUGGACCUGAAAGACAAGGCACUGGUCGACAUAGACGCAGUCAGCAGUUAUAUUCACAUACGUUUUCUGGAUGUGUCCAGUAACCACCUUACUGAUCUGUCUCCUCUGGCGUCUCUGACGCAACUGCUGUGGCUGAAGGUGGACAAUAACUCUGUGGGGUCCUUCAAAGGGCAGCCUUUUGCUCAGCUGACUUUCUUGCAGUGGCUAAGCAUGGCUGUGAACCAGCUGACAGACCUGGAUGGUCUGGUGGGGCCAGCUUUAGAAACCCUCAUUCUGACAGGUAACAGUAUUAAGAAGGUGUCAGGUCUUCACAGUGGCUGCUUUGCCAACCUAGUGGUUUUAGAGCUGAGAGGAAACCAGCUGGAAACCACUGAUGGCAUCAACCUUCCCAACCUGCAGAAAUUAUACCUGGCACAAAAUGCAAUCACACGUCUGGAGGGUUUGGAGAAGCUGGAAAACCUCAUCACCCUUCAUCUACGAGAGAACCAGUUGAACUCUUUGGACGGCCUCAGCUCCAACAUGAAGUGUCUUCAGUACCUCAAUGUGAGAGGUAAUUCACUUUCGGAUGAGAGCGCCCUGCAGGCGCUUGUGUGUGUGUCAACAACUCUGCGUACUUUGGUUGUUUCUGAGAACCCUCUGGUGGAAACGACGGAGUAUCGAGUAAGUGCACUGAUGCUCGUGCCGCAGCUGGAGCGAAUUGACAAAGGCCCUAUUUUCCCAGUGGAGAGAACUGAGGCCCAGUUGAGAGUUAAGGAACUUAAAGAAGAGGAAAUAACUGAGCCAUAAGAUUGGUAAUGACCAAAAGGAGGAAGUGUGAGACCUCACUGAAACAGUGUGUGAUUGUGUUCAUGGCGUAUGAUGAAAUGCUUUACAUUAUCCCACUAUUAAAAUGUUUUUUUUUAUACAAUAAAAGUUUAGAUCAUU